AUGGAACCAGAGCCAACCCUUACCACUCUCCUCGAGGUUAUCACAGCCCUCACCGCCACUGUCGGGUCCUUGCAGGACCAAAUCAAAUUGCAAAGCCAAGAGCUCAUCCAGCUCAAGGCCAUAUGCAAGGAAACCGCCGACCUACUUGGCAACAAGGACCAAGGAGGAGGACAAACCCAGCCUGGCCCAUCAACUGGGCCUUUCACCCCUCCUACUCAGACGGGAGGAGAAGCCCACUCUCCAGCAACGGUUAGGCCUGGACUCAAGGCCCCUUUCCGCCCAUCAAGAGGAACGGGCUUUGAUUCAGAAGAGGAGGAAGAACCCAGACAAGUCCCCAAAAGGGAGCCUCGCGACACGCCUAAACAGAGCCUCAGCUCCCUCACCCCAUUCGACUCAGGGUCCAGCGUAAAGCGGCCCAAAAUGGAGCUCCCCGACCCAUACAAGGGGGACUCUAGGGGAAGAAAGGCAACACAGUGGCUAGACCGCAUGCUACUGUGGGUCGCGCUUCAUCAAGACCAAUUUGAUGAAGAAGAACAAAUGGUAGUGUGGAUCCUCUACCACAUGACCAACAAGGCUGCCGACUGGGCCCUCCCUAUCAUAGGGACAAUUAUCAAGGCCUUAACGGCCAAAUUCAAGGAAGCCUUCGCCGAUCCAGAUGCAAAGAGGGCGGCUGCCAGGAAGAUUGCCGCAUUAACUCAGACCACAACCACGUCUGAGUACGUCACCGAAUUCCGCAACCUUAUGGCGGAACUUGACUGGAACACUGAGGCGUACAUUGCCCAGUUUACGCGCGGCCUUCACUGGAAGGUGAAAGAACUCUUGUCCACCAAGGACAAUAUUCCCAACAACAACCUAGAGGCCAUAUUCGCCGCCUUGGUCAAAAUUGACAACACUCAUUGGGAAAACAAGGAAAACCGUCCAAAAAAGCUCCCUGCCAAGUCCCCGGCCGCCGUGGCCACUUCCACCACUACCACUACCCAACGGGUCCGCCUCUCAGAGGACCCUAACUAUGUCACACCGGAAGAAAGGGAUUGCCGCCGCGCGUCUGGCCUCUGUGUCAAGUGCGGCCAGAAGGGGCAUGGGAUCAAACAAUGUCCCAAUGGAUGGAAAGCCACCAUCAAACAAUGUCCCAAUGGAUGGAAAGCCACCAUCAAGGAAGCCGCCAAGGUGGGAGAAGUAGUAGAGUCGGAAAAAGAAUGA